UCGGCACUUGGCCCUCUUAGCGGUCCUUGAUGCGGCCCUCGCCACAAACUAGGCGUGGUGGCUGAGCUUCUGAGUGCUCUGUCCACCAACAUGGCCGCCCGCACGGAGGCCGCCCAGCCCCCCGCCCGCUCCCGCCCCCUGUCUCACGCCCUCUCCUCCGACACCGCCUCCACCACCACCACCACCGCCGCCACCGCCGCCGCCACCGCGACCGCCAGCGUCGGUGGUGGCGCGCCCGCCAACCGCCACAACCCGAGGCCCACCAACAUCGUCAACGUAACGGAGAACCCCAUGGCCUCUUCGCCCGCGCCGAACAGACAGGACGACCCCGCCACCGCCGCCGCCAAAGCCCCUCCGACGCCCCUCCCCGCCUCCGCCUCCGUCGCCGUCGCCGCCGCCGCCACCAACCCCGUCACUUCUCCAACCAAAGCCACCUCCAACCUCACCGGCCCCGACUCCGGCAAGGGCAACCCGACCACCGACGCCAACCGACCGGACGUGACCCAGUGUGACCAGGGCAAGACCGACACGCCCUCCGUCCCGGUGUCUUCUCCCCCGAACUCUGACCCUCCGCCGCCGUACCAGGUCGCCAGUCUAGCCUCGGGCAAGGUCACGCAAUGCGCGAAGUGGACAGACGGAGAGCCAGAGCGAGACACGUGGGGCAAGAAAGUGGAAUUCCUCCUGGCUGUGGUUGGCUUUGCAGUGGAUCUCGGGAACGUGUGGAGGUUCCCUUACAUCUGCUAUCAGAAUGGCGGAGGUGAGGACCCCCGGUAUUCUCAAGCUAAUUUCCACCCAGCGGUCUCUCUAGGGACACGAGCCCAGAGAUUUUGUGAGAUUGUGACCCUUAUUCAACUCUUGUCAUAA